AAUUUGAAGAUGAUGUAUUAUUGAUCUUGCAAAAUCAAAUCUUUCAAUUUCGAGAUCCAGAAAAAGUCCAUCUUCACCUUUUCUCAAAUUCGCUCUACUCAGCUAUUUUUUUCCCGCUCCACCGCAUCUCUACGGCGAAUGGACUCACCAAUUCAGCCGUCAGCGAGUGCCAUAGAAGAAGACGAAGAUUUCGAACGUUUCCACGACAAUGGCUUCGUUUACAAACGAAAAAAACGAUGCUGUAUCGCCGACGCUGAAGAAACCUCAAAACCGCCGGAUCCAGAAUUAGAUCGGGUGGUAGAGGAGAGAAAUCUAAGGAUACGGAAGAAUAGAACACUGAAGAAGCUCAAAAGGAAGCAACAGAGUGAGAUCGAGCUGUGGUUGAUUUUAUCGAACAGUUCGAAUGCAAUGCAAGAGAAAGCAGAUCGGUUUCGAACGACGCAACGAGGAGAAGAGAGGUUAAACGCGGACGAAACGAUGUCGUUUCCUGAGUCCUCUACAACAGAAGGAGCUCGAGAAUUUGGCGGAGGAGAUGCUUCUGCGCCGUCGUCUAUGCUCGACGAACUUCUGUUUAUGGCGGAAGCACAAGAAGCGGUGAUCAACCACUACUUGAAACAGUGUGAAGUUGCAGAGAACUUAUGUAGAAUUGAAGAAGAAGAGAAGAAACAGUCCUUCUUUGAUCUUCCCAUAUGGAGCUCACCAACGGAUCUAAUGACGUCGCUUUGUGAUACUGAUUAAACCCUUAAAUUAGUCAUCUUUUGUGGUUUAUCUGAGCUCUCUCUCUCUCUCUACCUUACGUUACUUUUGUACAAUGCGUUGUGUUGCAAUUGUAGAGUGAUUCUCUGUCUUAGGCUUAAUUAGGGGGUGUUCUGUGUUCAGUCUAUGAUUAGGUUUCGGUUUUGGCAUUUUCGUCAGUUAUUAUAUCCUCUUAAUUUUCAUAAAAGCUUUGCUUCGUUUCAGGUUCGGGGUUUGGAUAUGGAAAAUUGUGAAUCCAUUUAAUAUAUGGUAUGUCUUUUUGAUUUUGGUUAUUUGGGUUCAGGUUAGUUCGUCUCUUUAGAUUGAAUACCCUCUCGGAAGCUCAACAAUUAUGUAUCUAUUUUUGCCUUUGCCUCGAGAUGUUUGAUCACAAUGUUUUAAGGAAAACACAAGUAAUUAUA